CUGAGGCGACGCGGCAUUCCUCUGGACUUUCUGAGGCGACGACGCGCUUUACCUCGGAGAAGGAUGCUGGGGGAGCUCCGCUUGACUGUGCUCCAGUCUCUCCUGGCUGUGUGUCUGCUCUUUACCCUGGAACAUGGCACGGUGAGCUGUGACACUGUGGUGAACCUGCGUAAGGUGACUCACCAGCGGGUUCAGGAGCCUCUGUCAGGUACGGCCCUCCUGCCGUGUGUUUUCACCCUGCACCCGAGUCUUUCGCACGAACCGCCUCGCAUCAAGUGGACCAAACUGUGGGGUCAACGCGGCCUGGAUGGCCUACAGAAGCAGCAGUCGAUUCUAGUGGCUAAAGACAAUAUAAUCAAGGUGAAGAAAGCCUUCCAGGGCCGCGUGACCUUGCCGGGAUACCCAGAGAACCGCUACAACGCCAGCUUGGUGCUGACAGGCCUGCGAUCCAGCGACUCGGGGAUGUACCGCUGUGAGGUCGUGGUCGGCAUUAACGACGAACAAGAUACAGUGCCCCUUCAGGUCACGGGUAAUGUAGCGCACCGCAGAAUGCUAAUACACGCAGCUGUGAUUAUA